CCCUAAAAUAUUAAACUAUGGGUAGUAAGAGUUUAGAUGACUUCUGCUUUUUGGUGCUUUAUACUUUUUGGUACAAAUACAUAAAAAGUAGAGGGAAAAUAAAGAAAGCUUGAUAUAUAACAAAUAGAACCAUAGCCUAGGUGAGAAUGUUUUCACUCGAAAGGACAAUAUGUGAACAGAAGUGUCUGAUAGAACCUAGAGGAAGGACCUCCAGCAACAAAAAUUUGUAAAAGUUCACUCAAUACUGCCAUGGGAGAGGAAGGCAGAUGCAUCAGACCUAGAUGAUACUCAGUUCAAAAUAUCCUUUCAUCUCCCGUCCUACUUCAAUUCAAUGCUUACCAAGCAAAAUUAUGGUUUUUAUUGGCUUUUUUACGUGUUCUGAUACAGUGCUGCUCGUUAUACCAACAUGCUCCUUAUUUCAGUUUAUACGUCAGUCUCCUCUGAUUUGGUUGGUGGAAGUUCUUGUGUAACCAGUCAAUUCUAGGUGCCCUGAUAUGAUCAAAUUCCUGGACCUGCAAAGCUGAGGACGGACUGCAGAGCUGUGGCAACCACACCACAUAAAGUCUGUGACCACUGACCUCACUAGAACACUCGUCACGACCUGCCUCUCCUUGAUACUGCUCCUAUGUCGAGGUCCCGGUUGACCCGUCCACUGCCUCUCCUUUCCAGGCUCUCUCAGAGGUUCCUUCUUCAUUUCGGGGGAAGACAGAAUGGGAGGAAAUCAAUCCAAAAACGAUCCCAACACUGACAAAGGAAUCCACACCACAACAGCUCCAAGAAUUACCCCUGCACCCUGCCCUUCCGACAAAGAACUUCACCUGGCCUUGGCCUUUCUUGCUGGGAGUCUCCUGACAUUGCUGCUGAUGGCCCUUGUCGUCUGCAUCAUAAAGAGCUACCGAAAAUAUCACUCAAGUCCCCACGCUCUGGAUCCUCACUCAGAUUCUCUUGCCAAGUUGUCAUCCAACCCGGAGGAGGCACUUACCUCUGCCAGCAUGGCUCUCAAAACCUCAAAAGAAAAGAGAGACGACUUGAAUGCAAACCAUUCUGCAGACUUGAACUCCGUUAUCUAUGCUCAGAUUAAAUUGGCAGACUCAUCCUGAGUUUCCAAUAAGGCUUGAAUCCAGUUCCUCUCACGUCAGCUGCAUCUUCAUACAUCGCUUUCCCUUUGUAGAAAAUUUGGACCACAAUCUGGGUGAAACUGCAGAUGGAGUUGUUUGGGUGUGAUCUGGCAACCUUGGCUAUCAGUUUUGUGACCAGGGUCAGUCUUAUUCCUGUAUCUCCCACUGGGACUCAUAAAAUGGAAUUCCCCGAGGACCGCGACUGCCCCCCUUCGUCCUCUUCCAAAGUGUGUGCUACAAGCUCAGUGCACCAAGAGUGUUCUCUCAGUGUCACUGAUCAACUUGGGAAGAGUCAACCAACCUAGCAAUCUAACAAGAAUUACAAAUAAAAGCAAACCCUCUGUGA